UAUACUUUUUUUUUUUUUUUUAUUUUCUAUUCGAUUUAGCAAUGAGUUUUUCAAAAAUUCAUUUGCUUUUUGUGGGUUCACUAUUGAUUUUAUUAUGUAGUGCUUUUGCUGCUCAAGUUUCUCACGAUGGACGAGCCAUUACAAUUGACGGCCAGCGUAAACUCAUCAUUUCUGGCUCGAUUCAUUAUCCACGAAGCACUGUCCAGAUGUGGCAGGAUUUGAUCAAGAAAGCGAAAGAGGGAGGACUAAAUGCUAUUGAAACCUAUGUUUUCUGGAAUGCACAUGAGCCCCUUCGUCGUCAGUAUGAUUUUAGUGGCAAUCAUGAUCUCAUAAGGUUCCUGAAGACGAUCGAGGAUCAAGGACUUUACGCUAUUCUUCGCAUUGGACCUUAUGUUUGUGCCGAGUGGAACUAUGGUGGAUUUCCUGUGUGGUUACAUAAUGUGCCUGAUAUUGAGAUGCGCACUGCCAACUCUGUUUUUAUGAAUGAGAUGCAAAAUUUCACUUCGUUGAUAGUGGAUAUGGUUAAAAAAGAGAGUCUAUUUGCCUCACAAGGAGGUCCUAUUAUUCUUGCACAAAUCGAGAAUGAAUAUGGGAAUGUCAUUUCGUCGUAUGGAGACGCUGGAAAAGCAUACCUUAAUUGGUGUGCAAGCAUGGCUGAAUCACUCGAUGUUGGAGUUCCAUGGAUUAUGUGCCAAGAGAGUGAUGCUCCCGAACCAAUGUUGAACACAUGCAAUGGAUACUAUUGUGAUCAAUUCACUCCAGACAAUCCAAACACCCCAAAAAUUUGGACUGAAAAUUGGACUGGAUGGUUUAAGAAUUGGGGUGGUUUAGAUCCUCACAGAACAGCUGAAGAUGUUGCCUUCGCUGUUGCUCGGUUUUAUCAGAAUGGUGGCGCGGUACAGAAUUAUUACAUGUACCACGGUGGAACAAACUUUGGAAGAACAGCUGGUGGCCCAUACAUUACCACAACCUACGAUUAUGAUGCACCCCUCAACGAAUACGGUAGUCCGAAUCAACCAAAAUACGGGCAUUUGACUCAGCUUCAUAAUAUUUUGAUGUCAAUGGAAAAGACUCUCACUUAUGGAAAUAUAACUAAUACUGACUAUGGAAAUUCUUUAUAUGGAACUGUUUAUACCCUCGAUAACACAUCGAGCUGUUUCUUUGGCAAUGCAAAUGAGACAAGUGAUGCUACGGUAAAUUAUCAAGGAGUUGACUACAAUGUACCUGCAUGGUCCGUCAGUAUUCUUCCCGAUUGUAAGACAGAAGUUUACAACACGGCUAAGCUAAACACUCAGACUAAUUUGAUGGUGAAGAAGUCGAAUGAGGCUGAGGACGAACCCGCCUCUUUGAAAUGGAGUUGGAGACCCGAGAUUAAUCUUGAACAAGCCACGGUUCAAGGAAAGGGACAAGUUUCUACAAACAUGAUUGUGGAUCAAAAGGUUGCAAAUGAUGUUAGUGACUAUUUGUGGUACAUGCCCAGCGUUAAACUCGACAAGGAUGAUCCUAUCUGGACCGAUGAUAUGAGCAUUCGCGUCAAUGCAACUGGACAUAUUUUGCACGUUUAUAUAAAUGGCGAAUAUCUUGGUUCUCAGUGGGCAACAUAUGGUGUAACCAACUACGUAUUUGAGAAGAAGGUUAAACUGAACCCGGGAAUGAAUCAAAUAACAUUACUUAGUGCAACCAUUGGUUUUCAGAACUAUGGUCCGAAGUUUGAUGUUGUACAAGCUGGAAUAUCUGGACCAGUCGAGAUCAUUGGUAGGAAAGGCGACGAGACAAUCAUAAAAGAUCUGUCAUCGCACAAGUGGUCGUACAAGGUUGGAUUGCACGGCUUGGAUAACAAAAUCUACAGUUCAGAUGGUAAAUUUACUGCUCCAUGGAAUACUGAAGAUCUUCCUAUUAAUAGGAUGUUGACAUGGUACAAGACUACAUUCAAGGCUCCUUUAGGAGAAGAUCCAAUUGCUUUAGAUAUGCAAGGUUUAGGCAAAGGUGUCGCUUGGGUGAAUGGAAAUAGUAUCGGUCGCUACUGGCCAAGUUAUAUGGCAGAAGAUGACGGAUGUUCGACUGAUGUCUGUGAUUAUCGCGGUUCGUAUUACAGCAGUAAAUGUGACACGAACUGUGGUCAACCUACUCAAAGAUGGUACCACGUUCCGCGUUCCUUCAUAAAUGAUGAUGUUAACGAAUUGGUGCUCUUUGAGGAAUUUGGAGGAAACCCGACUCUUGUCAACUUCCAAACUAUUAGAGUUGGAACAGCAUGCGGCAUUGCCUACGAGAACAAGGAAAUGGAAUUAUCGUGCCAGGGACGUCCCAUUUCUGCAAUCAAAUUUGCUAGCUUUGGCGACGUACAAGGAGCUUGUGGGUCAUACGAAAAUGGCAGCUGCACGGGCCGAAAUGACGCACUAUCAAUAGUUCAGAAUGCCUGUGUUGGGAAAGAAUCUUGUACGGUUACAGGAUCGGAAAGCAUAUUUGGUGCGGCCAACUGCGCCGACGGCAUAUCGAAGAAGCUUAUUGUAGAAGCGCUUUGUUAGGUUUUAAUUCCUUGUUGCUUUCAUUUGCUGUCCACCAAAAUUUUGUCGUUUUUUCAAUUUAUUGCUCGUUAGAUGAGUAAAUAAUAUUUAGCUCGUCCCUAAUUGUUACGGAAACAUUUUUUCUUAUAAUUUAAAAUUGUAA